AUGUCGUCACAACUCUCGCUGGCCGAGAUUUUAGAAGAAAUCGAUGAGCCAUUAAUUGCUACAGCAGUCGGUGUUUUCAUUUCCGGCCCUGUCCUUGCCAUAGCCUAUUGCGUCAUCGCAGUCACAGGCUGUAGUUCAGCCGCCAGCUCUGCCGCCGGUUUCACCAGCUCUGCCGCCGGUUCCACUGGCUCUGCCGCCGGUUCCACUGGCUCUGCCGCCGGUUCCACCAGCUCUGCCGCCGGUUCCACCAGCUCUGCCGCCGGUUCCACUGGCUCUGCCGCCGGUUCCACCAGCUCUGCCGCCGGUUCCACUGGCUCUGCCGCCGGUUCCACCAGCUCUGCCGCCGGUUCCACCAGCUCUGCCGCCGGUUCCACUGGCUCUGCCACCGGUUCCACCUGUCAGGGUGCUGUCCCUCCCUGCACAUCCUGUUCGUGCCCCUCGUCAAGUCGUUCGCAAGCCGUGGACGGCCAAAAUCUGGACAUCGAGUUCCAGGAGUAG